UGGGCGCAGAUAGGACAUGAUAUAUAAAGCCUGAAAUCUGAAGCACAACGAACAGGUUUCAUCGAAAGUAGCCAACAUGCGUGUCUUCUUAAUCGCGACGAUUUACGUCGCGGCCAUCUUCGCGGCCAGCGCGGAAAAUCUGCCACCCUUAGAGGGGAUGCAGAGUCUUUCCAUUUCUUACGGCACCCCGGAACAGCUCACGCUUCUGAAGCAGUACGUGGACUUCCCCGGUUUCGAUUUUCUGAAAAUCGCCGACAACUUUGUGGAUGUUAUGGUGACGGCUGAACAAGUGAAAGAGUUCAAAGAUCUUCUCGAAGAGAAUGGUAUGAGCUACAAGGUGACGAUUGAAAACGUUCAGGAAGCUGUGACGGAAGAGUACAUCACGCAGCAGGUUGAGCGUCGAUUGGAACAGAGUCUUCGAAAUUAUGAUGCGUCCAAAGGACUAUCUUUCACCUACUAUCCUAAUUACAAGGAAGUCAGUGAUUACCUCGAUUACGUAACGAAUGCUCACCGCGACGUGGCCUCGUUAAUUAACAUAGGCAAGUCUUACGAGGGACGAGAGAUGAGAGUUUUAAAGCUGUCAACCGGCGGUAAAACUAAACCAGCUAUUUUCAUCGAUGCUGGAAUUCACGCCAGAGAAUGGAUCGCACCGGUGACAUCUCUCUACAUAGUAGAACAGUUGGUAGCAGCUCAGAACAGAAAUCUACUGGAGAACGUCGACUGGUACAUCCUUCCAGUUCUAAAUCCCGAUGGCUACGAGUUCACGCACACUAAAUCCGCGAACCGUUUGUGGAGGAAAACAAGGGCCGUAAACAGUGGCUCGUCUUGCCGUGGCGUUGACGGAAACAGGAACUACGACAUGGAAUGGAUGACGAUCGGUGCAUCGUCCAGCCCGUGCAGCGACACGUACGCCGGGCCAAAACCAUUUUCCGAGGUGGAAAAUCAACGCUUACGCGAUUUCAUCUUGGCGCGUAAAGAGCAAAUCAAAGCCUACAUCACGUUCCACUCAUACGGUCAGUACAUUCUGUAUCCUUGGGGCUUCACGUCUAAGGUGCCUUCCAACGAACUGGAACUGAAAAACCUCGCCAGCAACUUCGCGAAAGCCAUUGCCAAGUCACGUAAGACUCAAUAUACUUAUGGAACCUCUGCUAAUCAUCUUUAUCCUGCUGCUGGAGGUAGCGACGAUUGGGCCAUGGGAAAAGCUGGCAUCAAUUUAUCGUACACCAUCGAACUACCCGGUGGAAAUUCUGGAUUCCUGUUACCUCCCUCUGACAUCAAAGCUGUUGGUACCGAGACAUUCGAAGCUAUGAAAGUACUUGCUCAAUACGUCACUUCGAAAUACUCUUCUCACUAAUUGAUACAUAAUUUCGUUAAACGUACACUGAUAUCUGGUAAAAAAAGCAGAACCAUAUCGAUUCGUGCAAUAGAAAGCAAACCUCCUGCUUGAUCCAUGCUCCAAGAUACUUCUUACUUUCACAUACUCAUUUAUGGAAAAUUUUAAUUCUUGAAAAACUACAGAAUGCAAAAUUAUUGUAUGUAGAGGUUGAGACAGUCCUCUACAAAACCUCCAUUUCGCUAAUUCUAAUAAUAAAAAUAUGAAUUUCUAUAAAGAUCUACUUGUUAACCAUGAAAUAAAUUGGGAAGGAAGAUUCUCAUAGAAAUAUCAAUUCUUGCAUGUAACUUGAGUUGUUUUGUACGAAACUUUCAGGGGAAUAUGUCGGCUCUGAAAAGACUCGAUUUUAUUCCGAAGCUCGGGAGUUUCAAUCGCGAACAAUAACGUUAUGUCGCUCACUUAUGUAUCGGUUGAAAAGCGCAUAGAUAUUUAAGAAGACUUGGGUCGUUAUAGUCGACGGGAGAUUGUAAAAUGCUUGCACACUUGGUGUACAAAAAUAUGUGAUAUUCAACUGCGUUUUUAUUUUCGUCGUAGCAGAAAUAUACGUUUCAUUAUAUUAAA